AUGGAAACUGGCUUCAAUUUCUUCCGGCGCAUCACUCGAGGAUCGGAUCCUACGCGACCAGGGCAUUCCUCGCCCUCUCCCGUCGCACGCAACAAAGAAGAAAAGCGCGUUCUUCUCCAGACGCUGCCGGCGCCUCUGCACGCAAUCGACCCUCCAACGCAGGCUGCGCCUCGCGGCCCUGCGCGGGGCGGGGGGCGACCUAGCGAGAAGCAGCCGCACAGCGACCUCGAAGAGCCCUGUCGCCGCAACGGAAUUGUCAAAGACGAGAUUUUGGAGGACGCGAGCAGAGCGGAGCCUCCUCCCUCGCGAGGAAAGCGAGGGAGGCCUCGCAAGCAAGUCCUCUCUCCCUUUCUGGCUGAGAAAAAAGAUGACAAAAGACGACGCCUCAGCGGGCAGAAAGACGCCGGCGAACUCGGCGAAUGGAAGCGAUCCGACCCCGAGGCGAGAGAGAGUGAAGCAGAGGGCGGGGAGGCGGCGGCGCUGCGACCCGAACCAGACGGCGGGGCGUGCGCAGCCGAGACAGACGCCCAGGAGGGACGGCCGUCAGGCGCAGAGGGACAAACGGAGAAAGAAGCUGCGGCGGGUGGCGCGCCGCCUGUACCUGUUGUGGUGAAGCGCGGGCGAGGCAGGCCGCGGAAGGAGAGGAAAGAUGAGGCAGCGAGCGCGAAUGUUCUCAUCGGACCCAAACGUGGGCGGGGCAGGCCGCGGAAGCAGAGGCAAGACGACGAGCCGAGCAAGAAUGUUUUCAUCGGACCCAAGCGCGGGCGAGGCAGACCUCGCAAAAUAAGGCCGGAGGGAGACGAGAAGCAGGAAGAAAAAGUCAAGCGGGGUCGCGGUAGACCGCGAAAGUAUCCUCGGCCUGAAAACGCAGUCCCAGCGAACCCUCCGGCGCCAGGAGAGAAACGCAAGCGAGGCAGACCACGCAAGACGCCGUUUCCCAGUGCCGCGCCGGCGACCGAAAGCCCGCAACAGGCGCCCGUGGCGGAGUGA